AUGGACGACGAUACCCGGCUCUUGCCUAGUGUCUCAGCACUGAGAGAGUCAUUUGGUGAUGGAAAGCCGCCAGAAAUUAGUAGAAAGAUCACAGCCUGUGUUGCUUGUCGCAGGCAAAAGAUCAAAUGCCACAUGGCAAAUGGCAAGGCGCCAUGCAGCAGGUGCAAGAAACGAUCCUUGCCAUGCACAGUCAACCGCAGUUUACAGAUGCUAUUAGAAGAUGAUAUCAGUUGGAAACAAGAAAUUGGACAAAAGGUGCAACGUUUAGAGUACGCCAUCAGUACCAUGGUAGAAAAGCUCAACAUGCCUGAAUUACGCGAUCUAUUCAGUGAACAGGCCGAGCUGAGUGCCAUGUUUGGCAAUAACCGGCGCACACUCCCCAAACUUAGCAAUGACAACGAUCAAAAUUCCCAUGAUCAGCCAUGGGAAAUAACAGUUGAUCCACAGUGUGAGCCCUCUUCGAUGCCGGCAUCGUGUAUCGCCCAAGUACCAGGCAACGGGGUUGUGGCAGUUGACCCAUCACGAAAGCUUAAUCUUGUGUCCAAAGGGCUGAUCACGAUGGAGGAAGCAAGGAUCUUGUUUGCGGUUUAUCAAGAUCGAUUAGAUCACUUGCUAUACCGAAUUUUGGGGGACGAUACCACUUUAGAGUCAGCCAUGGAGAGUUCGUCACUGCUCACAGCGGCAGUAUGUACCGUCGGGGCAUUACAUUCGGUACAACUUGGUCAUCUCUACGACGCAUGCCUCGCUGAGCUAAAAGUGCUCUUCACCACCGAGUCUCUAUCCCGGCAACACAAUAUGGAUGAUGUUCGGGGCCUCUGCAUUGGGGGAUUCUGGCUCAGCAGCCUCUCGUGGGCAUCAUCAGGCUCGGCCGUGCGAGUAGCGUCCGAGAUUCAACUUCACCACGCAAUCUACAAAGCCCUCGACGGUGACAGAGACGCAUACAUCAAGACUCGGCUGUAUUACCAUGUGUAUGUCUGUGAUCACCACACUUCCGUCUUAUACGGCCGCCCGCCAAUGUCACACGGAUGUGCCAGUAUCAAUUCCACCAUGAAAUUCCUCGAGACUGAACACGCCGUCGAAGAUGACGUGCGGCUUGUGUCUCAGGUAAAAAUAUGGUCCAUCUACAGUGACAUUUUCAACUGUUUUGGUACAGAGACCGGCAAACCAGUCGCAUCAUCACAACUUCCUCAACUUCGACGCUUCGCCAUCGCUCUGGACACAUGGUACGCCGACUGGCGGGAAAGAUUCAAACCGAAUAAAAAAGUCGGCAACUAUCCUGCCAAAGGAGUUGGACUUCACUUCAACUUUGCGAAACUAUAUCUAUGUUCCCACGCUUUCCGGGGUCUCCACACAUCACCAUCACCAACGUUGGUGCCCGAGCUGGAAGAGGUUGCCAAUACCGCGGUGAUUUGUGCUACGUCAAUUUUAGGCGCUUUGAACACGGACGAAGAAAUCCAAUUGCUACUCAACGGCCUAUCACUGUGCUUUGACAUGAUGAUAACCUUUGCAGUGGUGUUCCUACUCAAGGUGGUCACCAAAUACCCCAACACAAUCUGGAUGGACAAGGCCAGGAUUCUGGAUAUUGUGAAUCAGACGAUUGGCAUCCUGCGAAAUGGCGCAACUUCGAUGAAUCAGAAGCACUUACUCGUUUCAGUUACCCCGGCUCUGAGUAAACUAGUGAAAAAAGUUCAAGAAACACCGCCGACCACGACCAGGACGGAGAUAGGACUGGCGCAUACUCCAUUGUCGCCUGACCCGUCAAUCCCAAGACAGAGUGAUAUUGACUGGAUGCAAAAUUUUGGAAGCUUUGAGAAUUUCGACUUUCAUGCCAUGCUGCCAGAUCCGAACUCCUGGUCGGUGGACUUGGAUUUUGGCGGUGCUAUGGAGCAGCCUUGCCAGGAUUGA